UUUAUUUGUUCCUGCUUAGUAUUUUCCUUAAGCUAAGUUUAUACUGAUAUGCCAUGUUUAUCCACUUCCUUGCGUAACAGUAGCAAAUCAGCCUUGAGUCCCGCAAUGCAAUUACAGGUAUUCUGUAAAAUUAAUGCCUUUCUACUAGGCUUUCUGCCUUUCUUUGACUUUCUAUUAAUACUGUUCAGGUCUUUGGCCUUUAUAGCGCAAGAUCUAGUUAUAUCUUCGAGUUGCUUAAAUUUAGCAUUUAUAUUAUCUCGAUACCGCUUUUCGUUCCGGUUAUGUACCUUCUUUCCUAUUUUGGAUAGGUUUGGGUCCAAUCUUUUCGACACAAUCUUUUGUAGGUGACGAAGUCGUACAAGUCCAUCUCGUGAUGGUCGCGUUUUCCGUAGGCAAACUAUCGGGGUAGGUAACUUUUUCAAAGUCGCUGUGCUGCGGUGAAGAAUGGCAUGCGGUUAUGCUCUAGUAUUGUAGGGGUAUUGGAAGCGCAGGUCGCAGUGCUUGAGGUCCCUGAUUGAUAAAUUAUACCACAUGUCUCUAGCAGCUCAGGGAAGUUGUUAGCACUUUCCAUUACUCUAUUAGACCAAUAUAGAAAUGGCUGUACUUGGUCAAGGAGUAGCCAUGGCCAUUGGUUAUUUUCUCCUAUAAUUUCUGUCGAAAAGGUAGAGUUACACGUAUGAAGGAGAA